CUCUCCGCUUUCCUUCUUCCCACAGAUAAAGCAGAUAACUUCAUCCUGCCCUGAGAACCAAUACAAUGGCAUUGUUCACAGUGGUGGUGUUCCUGGCUGCUGCUGGACUUCCAUUCUUUCUUGCAAAUGGACAGGAUUCAGGUUUUGAUGCUCUGUCAACCAAACUCACGAAAGUCCAAGCUGAGAUCGUAAACAAACACAAUGACCUACGGAGGGCGGUGUCUCCAUCUGCCAGUAACAUGCUGAAGAUGCAAUGGGACUCCCGAGCAGCAGCAAAUGCUCAAAACUGGGCAAACAAGUGUGUUCUCAAACACAGUGAUGCAAACAGUAGAAAAGUAGGUACAAGGCACUGUGGGGAGAAUCUCUUUAUGUCAAGCAGGCCUACUUCAUGGUCAAAUGCAAUCCAGAGCUGGUACGAUGAAACCAAUGAUUUUACCUAUGCCGUAGGACCAAAGUCUCCCCAAGCAGUAGUCGGACAUUAUACUCAGGUUGUUUGGUACUCAUCUUACCUUAUUGGAUGUGGAAUUGCCUACUGUCCCAAUCAAAGUGUUCUCAAAUACUACUAUGUUUGCCAAUAUUGCCCUGCUGGUAAUAUUAUUGGCAGAGAACAUGUCCCUUACCAGAAAGGAACGCCUUGUGCCAGCUGCCCCAAAUCCUGUGACAAUGGACUAUGCACCAAUAGUUGUGAGUAUGAUGACACCAUUUCCAACUGUAAAGAUUUGAUGAAAGUAGUGAACUGUGACCACGAUCUUCUGAAGACGAAAUGCCCGGCUACCUGCAAGUGUUCAGAUAAAAUUUACUAAAUGCCUGGUACAGACCAAGCAGGGCCAAGUGAAAGGGGGCCGCAUCCUGUCCUGAGAUUUGACAUUUACUAACAAGGAAAUUUCAAACAUGUUACCUACAAAUUUGAUUCCAAAUAGUCAUGAGCCUUUUUUUCUCUUCAGAUCUGCUUUUUUAUUUCACAGAAUUUGUUUCCUUCAUACAGAGGGUUAAAAAGUAACCUAAUCUAUGCUAGGAACCUUGGCUUUUGAUACUUGUGGGGUGAUUUUAUAUGUAACGAAUUUCAUCAAGUUGAAGAUUCUGAAAGUGGGAUUCCCUUACGACAAAGGUCACUAGAAAUCUGAAUUGAAAUCGAGACCCACGUACAAGAUAAAUAAGCUACAAGGACAUAUUGUACAGCGCAGGGGAUAUAGCCAAUAUUCGAUAAUACCUGUAAACAGAGUACAGCCUUUAAAAAUGGUGAAUCGCUGUUAUACACCUGAAACUUAUGGUACAUCGACUAUACCCCUAGUUCAAAAAAGAUCGGAGAAGAGAUAAAGAAUUAUACCAGGAAUCUUGGGAGCCCGAAAGCCUAGGGUGAAACACAGGAGGCUCUGAUUUAGAACUCAAUUUUCAACUCUUCCAGGCAACACCCAAGACCAGCUGGCCUGCCCAUCUAGGGUGGUUCUCCCAGGCUCACAGGCAUGCCGAACCCCACUUCCCUUAUCUCUCAAAACCCCACCGAAGAGUAACCCCAUGCCAGGGAAGGGCUGAGUCCAAAAGAAAAAGCAAAAGAAAUGGAGAACCUUGCUCCUGGAACAAGGUGUUCGUAAGGAAGAUCAUGUAAUAUCAUUGUCUCAUGAAUCCUGGACUGCAGUCCUCAUUCCUAGCUCCACUUCCUAGCUGAACAUCUGAAGAUGUGUCCACACACACUGUCUUUAGUUCAUCCUCUCCCAUUCAUGCUUCUUCCCACCAUCUAGCUCCCAUCCUUACAGUGAAAUUCACAUUGUUCCUCCUAAAGUAAGCUCAAUCUUCAUCUUGCCAAAAAUCAAUGAAGACUUUUGAUCACCUGCAUAAACUAUACAGUAAAAUCCAACAACAGCUUCCUUUUUAAACCUCGCUUCUUUUAAAUAAAUCUUCCUUAGAGAAGAAGCAAAAUAAUAUCUGUAAAUACGCUGAUAUAUAUUAGACAUAAGUGGAAUUUAGUCGCUUCCUUUUUGAGUCUGGGCUGACCUUAGGCUGAACUUUACUCACUUCCAAAGGGUAAAGUGUAAAAAGAGGACAGUAGUAGCUCUGGAGCAGAGAAAUCUGGCAAAUACUGUCUUAACCCAAUGGCUCAAGUUAACACCAUCAGGAAGAAAUCAUGGGGAUUCAUAUAUCCCUAUAUGAUGUAUUUAGAUGAGUAUUUCACUUCUGUAGUACUCUUCCUAAAAAUGAGAUUGCAACACCAAUCUCAUUAUGAGGUAAAACAUCAGGAAAACCUAAAGUGAGGGAUAAUCUACAAAAGGUCCUCACCAGUACCUCUCAAAACUGUCAACAUCAUGAGCAAUAAGGAAAUUCUAAGAAACCAUGUCAGACAAAAGCAGAAUAAGGAGAAAGAACAACUAAAUGCAAUGUGGUACCUUGGAUGGGAUCCUGGAACAGAAGGAGGUCAUUAACGGAAAACCUGGUGAAAUCAGAAAAGAGUCUGGGGUAUUUUUAGUAGUAAUGUUGCUUCCUUAGUCUUGACAAAUGUACCAGGGUGACAUAAAAUGAUAACCUUAGGGGAAACUGAAACUGGUGAAGAGCAUAUGGGAACUCUCUGUACUCUCUUCGCAAACUUUCUAUAAACCUAAACAUAUUCCAAAAUAAAAAAAAUGCAUUAAAAA